GAUCUAUUCUCUUCACCGUUUCCCCAUUGCAGAUUCACAGUUUCUUCUUCAACCUUCAAAUUCCCCUUCACUGUUCUCUCACUCUCGCAACAAAAAUGCCCGUCAUCGCCGCAAAACGCUCGUUGCGAUCUCAUCCUUCCUCGCCUCCCCGCAAAUCGCCUCGCCGAUGCACCGCAGCAACCGCCAAUUCUUCCCGCAAUGUAAACAAUUUCGGCACAGAUGAAAACCAAGUUGAUCCGGCAGCUGUGAAACCCAGGUGGAAUCCCAAAGAUGGUGAGCAAAUAAAGGCGGUGAAGCUAGCAUUGCACUUGUCCACUGCGCCGUCUUCGGUCGUGUGCCGUGAGGAGGAGCAGAAUGUUGUUUUGGAGUUCUGCAAAGGGUGCGUUGAGCAUAAAAAGGCCGGGAGUCUGUACAUUUGCGGGUGUCCCGGAACCGGGAAAUCGUUGUCUAUGGAGAAAGUGAAAGAGCAAUUACUCAAUUGGUCUAAGGAGGCAGGUCUCUCGCUGCCAGAUGUUUUAUUCGUGAACUGCACAACUCUUGCUAGCACAUCUGAUAUUUUCACAAAGAUGGUUGGGUUAAACCAAACACAGGGUAAAAAGGUUUCAGCCUCGCCCUUACAGCAACUUCAUAACAUGUAUUCUCAGAAAUCAUCUAUCAACAACAUGACAUUGAUAGUAGCUGACGAAUUAGAUUAUUUGAUAACCAAAGACAGAGCCGUUCUUCAUGAUCUUUUUAUGCUCACUACCUUUCCAUUUUCUAGAUGUAUAUUGAUAGGUGUAGCGAAUGCAAUUGAUUUAGCUGAUCGAUUUCUUCCGAGGCUUACAUCAUUAAAUUGCAAGCCUGUGGUUGUAAAUUUCCAGGCUUACUCGAAAGAUCAGAUCCUCAAGAUUCUUGAAGAAAGAUUAAAGGAACUUCCUUACAUUGUCUUUCAACAGCCGGCCCUGGAACUAUGUGCUAGGAAAGUUGCCGCAUCUUCUGGAGACAUGCGGAAUGCCCUUUCUAUAUGCUGGAGUGCAAUCGAGAUGCUUGAAGCAGAAAUUAGAGAAUCUGCGUGCAAUUUGAACACUUCAUUGGAAGAGAUAUCAUUCUCCAAACAAAAUCUUCCCACAGCUCCUGAUUGUAUGAAAAAACGUGAAUUUGAUAUUGUGAGAACUGAUCAUAUGUCUCGUGCCUUGUCCAAGACUUAUAGGUCACCUGUGGUGGAUACGAUACAAUCUCUGCCACAUCAUCAGCAGAUUAUACUCUGCUCUUCUAUGAAUCACUUUCGAGAAGCCAAGAAAGAUACAUUCCUAGGAGAUUUGUAUCAAUCGUAUGUGGGGAUAUGCAGAUCAUCUUUAAUUCCUCCAGCAGGAAUCUUAGAAUUUUCGAACAUGUGCAGAGUGCUAAGUGACCAGGGUCUUAUUAAACUAGGACAAUCUCGAGAGGAUAAAUUAAGAAGAGUGUCGCCUAAAGUAAAUGAGGGUGAUAUUACUUUUGCAUUGCAGGGGAUACGGUUUUUUCACAACUGUCUUAAAUGAUUCUGAUGAUAGACUGUUAGUGUUCAUUCAACAUGACGUGAGAUCAAAGAUUCUUCAUUGGAUAAAGACAAGUUCUUUUGGUUCAAACCGGUGUCUGCAUCAUAUUAUAUGAAGUGGUAUACUCGAUUAAAGCAUGGAGUUGAAAUCACUUCGGCAGAUUUUUUGCUCAGCAAAAGCUAUUAGAGUAUAUUUUUUAUGUUUUUUUUUUCAGAACUGGUUCGGGCAGUAUGAUUUAUGUAGCUUACUUCAGGCAGUUAUGUGAUAAGGUUGUAUUUUCUCAGGAGAAAAAAAAUAGCAACAGAUACAUUAAUUUCAUACUAAUAAAUUAAUUUUUUUCAGA